UUCAACGAAUAAAAGGGCACUUUUAUCGGUCUCACAGCAGAGCUCUCAACACAACCUGAACGGGCAAUGUGUGACAACCAAACCAUGUCAAAACUGGUGCUUCUACAUUGACUGAUGCCACGAGUCAUUUUCCAUGGAGAUAGUGUCGCCUGGUCGAGCUCAUAAUCCUGGUCCCUAACCGGGGGGAACCGAGUACUCGAUCUUGUUUGGGCUGGGCUGCCAGGAGUCCACUUCUCCUCAACCAUUUCGUUUCGGUUCUUCGUCAUAGAGAUUAAAAUCACUACUUUCACCUUUGUCUCAGAUCUUCCAAUCCAUACGCCUGCGUCAAUUGGCAACUGGGCCAGACUUUCAGACAAACCGCAUUCCACAAUGGGCGUUGGCCAUUUUGUAGUUCUUCUUUUGGAGAGAGAUCGUGGGCGAAUACAUCCGUCUGGCUCCUUAACAUUUCCAUCCGUGUGAGUUUUGCUGCCGAUCGGAAUCAAGUCGCUGUGAACGCCCAUUCUGCAAAUUUGAUAUGCAAUCUCAUCUUCAAACUAUCUCCCGGCAACCUGAUGAGGCCCGCAUGAGAUUCGAAUAAUCAUCCGACGGGUUGGCAUUAUAUGGUAUGCGGCACUUGGAUCCAAAUACACCACAACGGUUGUAUACUGACGCUUCCACAAUCUCGGGCAUCACAUUAUUGGCCAGUAUAUACGAUCCUCCGCUGUUAUGGCUAAUCUCUUGUUUGAUACACUGCCUGAGAAUCGUAGCGGUAGGUCUCAUAACCUGUGGGGUAUUCCGUGGAAGCGUGACGAUUGACAAUAGGCUUGUGACCGUCUUGCCCUAUGCUGCAAGCCAUAGUGCCGGUACAGUUCUGCACUCUGAAUGUAGAUAUCUUUCUUCUUCAAGAAUCGUCUAUCUCUCAUCAGGUCUGAGGUGAUGUCGCCUUUUCUUCACAGCGGGUCAUUGAGUGAUAUAUCAUACCACCAGGAGGAUAGCUCUUGCGAAUAUUCGCCAUGUCCUACAUCAUACAUACUCCUACAUUAUGGUAUGUCUUCC